AUGCCGACCGAAAGCUCUCCCACAGGCCGUGGCCAUGACCUAUUUUCCCGCUUGAAACACGGUAGUUCCAGCCUCUUGCGCACUGUUGAACUACGUCCCCAUAUUCUCGUCGAUGAGAUGAUGAAUAUAAUUCUCAGCGGAUAUCAAACUGGUCAGGAUGCCCUACUCCGUUGUCUCACUCGCCGUGUUACCGAGACUGUGGCCCUGGAGGAAUCACUAGAUCUAGAGUCCCAGCCUGGCGAUGUCCAAGAGUACACAACCACCAGCCAGGAACGCGUCGACACGGACAGGCAAUCCCUCCCUGACAGCUCUUCCGCCUUUGAGGCUGACGACCCCAUCGUGGCCCAAGAUGCGGCCCCAGAUGAAGAGCAUAACGCUAAUAGAACACUCAUCUUCCGAUCUAAUUUUAUCAAGAUUGGGAUGGCGGUGCUUGCCAUCGGAGUUUUGUUGUGCAUCUUGGUGCCAGGUGUUGUUCUUGGGGUUGCAAUGAAGCAGAUACUGAUGGGCAUUGUGCUGUCUAGUGCUAUCGCCACAAUUAUUGAUGUCCUCAGCCCUCUGGCUAUCUCUGGCCUCCACCAGCAACCUACACUGGACAAUAUGGGCAAAUACAACAUGCUCCAAGACGACACGGAUCAACCUCAUGUGGCUGAGGUAUUUAUUACAGGGCUCAAAACCAUCAUCAAGGAGUUAAAUGUCCAGAACAAGUUCGGCCUGCAUCUGAUCUAUGGACAUGUGAAGCUGGCCAAGGGAAUGGUCAUGAUCGGAAAGCCCAUGAACAAUCUCCACGGCCUCUGGACACACCCGACCAAAGCCGACCAGCUGGACCUGGGGACCCUGCAUGGCUACUUAUUCGUGCUGGGUGCCAACGAGGAGAUCCACCCGUACGAGUUCCGCCCAGGUUCUCUCCCACCGAUGACCGCUAAUGACAAUGCCUUCAUCACCGCCGCGCAGAAGCACCUCCAGCUCAACGGCCUCACGGGAAUCAUCGGUAUCGAACUCCUGGAUCAGGACACACUCGGCAGGCACAUGAAGGAGUUCGUCCUCUCUGACACCGACGGGAUUGCCAUGCUGCCUGCCGAUGCAGAAAUCACCGACCUCAAGGGUAAUGUGACAUCUCACGCCAAGACAACCAAAGGAACCCAUGAGGUCUUCAUCGACGGGAAGGCAUUGCCGGACAUGGAAGGCAACUCUACCCCCGAGGAGGUCAUCAUCGAAGCACUGCGCGAGGCCGGCAUCGUCAACUAA